GAGUCGGCGCAGUACAAGUUUGCGAGUGUGGAAAAAGCCGGGUGGCCGAAGGAGGGAGAGAAAGACCUGGCUAGCUAACGUUGUGAGAUACAACUAGGAGAAACUUUCUUCCCCAACGUACUCGCAGAUUGCUAUGAGAGCUUGAAAAUGGCGCAGAAAGAUACGUUCUUACAUCUGUUCGCUGGAGGGUGUGGCGGUACUGUGGGGGCCAUCAUGACCUGCCCCCUGGAGGUGCUGAAGACCCGGCUACAGUCGUCCGGGCUCACGCUCCGGCCCGUGUUCCAGGUCCAGCUGGGCACGCUGAGUGGCACCAGUGUCCUGAGGCCCGCCCCCGUCACGCCCGGCCUGCUGCAGGUGCUGAGGUCAAUAUUGGAAAAAGAGGGACCAAGAUCUCUCUUCCGUGGCCUGGGGCCAAAUCUUGUUGGGGUGGCGCCUUCGAGGGCCAUUUACUUCGCCGCGUACUCCAAGUCGAAAGAGAUGUUCAACGGCGUCCUCGUGCCCAACAGCGGACUGGUGCACAUGUCCUCAGCUGGCUUCGCAGCGUUUGUUACAAACUCCUUGAUGAACCCCAUCUGGAUGGUCAAGACCAGGAUGCAGCUGGAGAAAAGGGCUCGAGGAGAGAAGAAGAUGAACGCAUUGCAGUGCGCGCGGUACGUGUACCGGACGGAGGGGGUCCGCGGCUUCUACAGGGGCCUGACGGCGUCGUACGCCGGCAUCUCGGAGACCAUGAUCUGCUUCCUCAUCUACGAGACGCUGAAGAAGCACCUGGCUGACAAUCGCUUCAGCCCAGCCAAUAGUGGGACCGACAAAAGGCCGUCCGACUUCCUCAACCUCAUGGCUGCUGCAGCCAUCGCCAAGGGCUGCGCCUCCUGCAUAGCCUACCCACACGAGGUGAUCCGGACGAGACUCAGGGAAGAAGGGAGCAAGUACAAAUACUUUUUCCAGACGGGGCGCUUGGUUGCAUUAGAGGAAGGCUACGCUGCCUUCUACAGGGGACUCGUGCCACAGCUCAUCCGACAGAUCCCCAACACAGCCAUCGUGCUCUCCACCUACGAGCUCAUCGUCCACCUGCUGGGGGACGCCUCCCAGUGACAGGAAGAGAGGGGCUGGGCCACCCGGACUGGACGGGGGCGGGGAAACGACGCCCCCCUAGCGAUUUGCACACGGGACACUCCGACAUGCCACGGAGACGGACAGCUGGUGCUCCAUACGCAUUCUUAGCACGUGCAAAGACAUUUUCCUGAGGGAGUUUGGGGGGAGAACAGAUUUGAUUUUUGAUCCAAAGACUUUUUAAACCUGCCUUUAUUUUAUUUAAAGAAUAUGUAAUAUAAGUUAUUGUAUUCUUUGUGGACUAAAAUAUCUGUGUCUCCCCACUGAGUGACAUCCAGAGAGGGUGAUUGGAAAUACUUUUAUUUCCAGGUUGUUUUUCUUUCCAAAUGGAUCAUUAUGUAGCACAGUAAAUCAGUGCAGUGAAUAGAACAGGUCAUCGGAUAACCCAUACAGCACUGCGAAGAUAUUUAUUGUUAUUGUCAUUAUUUGCUAUUUUUUUUAUAACUAUUAAAUCUCCGAAGAAAUGGGUUGCCACUUUAACAACAGUGUCUGUGAUCCUGUCUGAAUUUCCUGUUGAAAUCAUGCACAUGAAGGUAUACAGAAUACAGAAUGUUCUUCUAGGCCACCAUACUUACACUGCCUUAUAUAAACUGACCAAUUAUUAUAAGGCCCCACUUAUAAUAAUUA